AUGGCUGAUAGAUAUUCAUUUUCAUUAACCACAUUCUCACCAAGUGGGAAAUUAGUUCAAAUUGAAUAUGCUUUGAAUGCAGUUAAACAAGGGGUAACUACCAUUGGUAUAAAAUCCACCAAUGGGGUAGUUUUAGCUACUGAACGUAAAGCUAAUUCCAAUCUUAUUAAUAAUGACACCAAUACUAAAGUUGAAUUAAUUACACCUGAUAUUGGUAUGACAUAUUCAGGUAUGGGACCUGAUUUCAGAGUUCUUGUUGAUAAAGCUAGAAAAUUGGCUCAUACAAAUUAUUUACGAGUUUAUAAUGAAUACCCUCCAGUGAAGAUUUUAGUACAAGAAAUUGCUAAAGUAAUGCAAGAAUCUACUCAAAGUGGUGGUAUAAGACCUUUUGGAGUAUCAUUGUUAGUAGGAGGUUACGAUCCACACUCAGAAGUAUUUCAAUUAUAUCAAGUUGAUCCUUCAGGUAGUUAUUUCCCUUGGAAAGCUACUGCUAUUGGUAAAACAUCUAUUUCAGCUAAAACUUUCUUAGAAAAAAGAUGGAAUGAAAAUUUAGAAUUAGAAGAUGCUAUUCAUGUUGCCCUUUUAGCUUUAAAGGAAUCAGUUGAUGGAGAAUUAAAUGGUGAAAAUUUAGAUAUAGCAGUUAUAAGUGAACCCCAAGAGGAAGCUUUAGGUUUCAAAGGUACUAACGUUCCUGGUCCAAGAUUUAAAAAAUUAACUCCUGAAGAAAUUAACGAUAGAUUAGAUUCUUUAUAA